UUGACACUUCCGGGUGGGACGAAGUGGGGCGGCAGGUCAGGGGCCGGCAGCUCCGGAGGCAACCAUGGCGUACAGCGGCAUCGCGGUACCUGUCAUCGUGAUGACCGUGUUCUGGGGCUUCGUGGGCUUGUUGGUGCCCUGGUUCAUCCCAAAGGGCCCCAACCGGGGAGUUAUCAUCACCAUGUUGGUGACCUGUUCAGUUUGCUGCUAUCUCUUUUGGCUGAUUGCAAUUCUGGCCCAACUCAACCCUCUCUUUGGACCACAGUUGAAAAAUGAAACCAUCUGGUAUCUCAAGCAUCAUUGGCCUUGAAGAAGAAGACCCACCCUCCAGUGUCAACCAUUGAGGUCACGGAGAGAAUUCCUCUAGAUGAAACCACCUCAAACCAGACUGACUUCUUUGACUCUCCCAUUUUGGCCAUCAGCUGCCUUAAACAUUCACAGCACAUUUGAAUAUCUUAUUCUACAAUGCAGUAUUUUUUCCUGUCACCUUUUUUUAUACUCUGAUGAAUCAUGUGCCUACUUAACCUAAACCAUGCUGGCUCCAUAAAAUGUUCCUGCACUCUUCUGCGACAGAAGGUGCUAGUCUUCUGAGCAAUGCCUUACUCUCUCCUGGGAACCUAUGGAUUUGAAGAUGGCUCCUGCCUGCUCACAACGUGGGAAUCAACAACGUAUUUAAAACUUACAAGACAAUACGACUCCGCUGGAGCAGUUGGUAGGGGAGCAUAUUCAAAGGGCAGAUCUGUCCCAACAGAAUUACACCAAAGUCUAUUUUCAGGAUGAAUCUUCUCAUUUUCUCCAUCUUUUGGAAUAAAUUAUUUUUCUGCUUUC